GUAACAAUAAAUAUGGGGAGGGAAAAAGAAGUCAGGAAGGAGGAGGAGGAGGAAAGAGAGGAGGAGGAGACCAAAGUGGGUCAGAAGCACACGUUGUGCGCAGGCAAUUCCAUGUGCCCACAUGGAUGAUUGGAGUAAAAACCAUAGCCAACUUCUACAAACCACAACCAACUACGACAACAAUAGCAACAAUAGCAACAAUAGGAAGAAGAAGAAGAAGAAGAACUAAUUAUUCUGACCCAGAUUUCUACCAACAGAACUUGCUCCGAUUCUUCUUUCAAUAAAGAAAUUUUUGCUUUUUUAAAUUUCUUUUUAGACAGAGAGAUUAAUUUUUGUUUGGAAACUGCCAAAAAAAAAAAAAAAUGAAGGAAGGCAGUGAUGGGUUUGUGAGAGCGGAUCAGAUUGAUCUGAAAAGCUUAGAUGAACAGCUUGAGAGGCAUAUGAGCAGGGCUUUGACCAUGGAGAAAAGCAAGAAGCUGAGAGAUGAACAAGGUAAUACCAACAAUUUUCUUACUAGUACUGCUUCUACCACCACCACCACCACCACCAUGUCUUUUCUAACCCCCAAGAAGCAGAGGCAAGAAUGGGAAAUCGAUCCCUCCAAGCUCAUCAUCAAGGGCGUCAUUGCACGUGGCACCUUCGCCACCGUCCACCGUGGCGUCUACGACGGUCAGGAUGUUGCCGCGAUUGGCGAUCGUAAUUGUACUCUUACUGAAUCCGUGACCUGCACAAACGGAUUUCGGAUGAAUUUGCUGGUGACAGCAAAGAAGUUGGAUGCUGUGAAAUUGCUAGACUGGGGUGAAGAGGGUCACAGGGCAGAAGCUGAGGUUGCUUCACUAAGGGCAGCUUUUACACAAGAAGUUGCUGUCUGGCAUAAACUUGAUCAUCCGAAUGUUACUAAGUUUAUAGGAGCAAAAAUGGGCUCGGCAGAACUACAAAUUCAGACUGAUAAUGGUCUAAUUGGCAUGCCUAGUAAUAUCUGUUGUGUUGUUGUGGAAUAUCUGGCUGGGGGUACUCUGAAAUCUUACCUUAUAAGGAAUAUGAGAAAGAAGUUAGCUUUUAAGAUUGUUGUCCAGCUGGGUCUGGAUCUUGCUAGAGGUUUGAGUUACCUUCACUCGCAGAAGAUUGUUCACAGAGAUGUAAAAACGGAGAACAUGUUAUUGGACAAGACACGUACAGUAAAAAUUGCCGAUUUUGGGGUUGCUCGUGUUGAAGCUUCAAAUCCUAAUGACAUGACUGGGGAGACUGGAACACUUGGUUACAUGGCUCCUGAGGUUCUCAAUGGCAAUCCAUAUAACAGGAAAUGUGAUGUCUACAGUUUUGGCAUCUGUUUAUGGGAAAUAUAUUGCUGUGACAUGCCAUAUCCCGAUCUUACUUUUUCAGAAGUAACUUCAGCUGUGGUUCGCCAGAAUCUGAGGCCAGAUAUACCGAGAUGUUGCCCAAGUUCCCUAGCAAAUGUAAUGAAGCGAUGCUGGGAUGCCAGUCCAGAGAAGCGGCCAGAGAUGGAUGAAGUUGUUUCAAUGUUGGAGGCAAUCGACACAUCAAAAGGUGGCGGCAUGAUUCCUCCGGACCAGGCUCAGGGUUGUCUCUGUUUUCGCAAGUACAGAGGGCCGUGAUUUUCCUUGCUCAGAUGAACAACAGGGAUAUAAUUAUUUUUAUCAAAAAUAUCCAAUCCGUGUAUUUAAGUUGCCAAAAUAGAUAUAUAAUUUGGAUAUCCAAAACCAGAGGUUAAAAGGAUGCUGGUGGGUAUACUCCAAAAAAUACAUCUCAGUUUGUUGGAGGAUGUAAAGUAUUUGUAAGUUCUUUUAAUUUUAAUUUUAAUUUUUUUUUCUUUUUUUUGGGUUUUCAACUACCUCUUUGUAAGAUCUCCCAUCAUACACUAUUAAUAAUAUUGUUAUGAUUCAGUUGAUCAUAUCACUUCUAUA